AUGUCUCAGUGUGUGCCCUCUAACCUAUGUGUGCUAAUGCUGCUACUGACCCUGCUGCUGCUGUCACCAUUCAACUUCAGCUACAAGGGGCUCAGCACAGGACCUGGCUGCCAUCUAUACCCAUUUAACGUGACCAUCCAUAGUGACCGGCGUGGGACAUGUAAGGGAACCCAUGUUGUGUAUGCCUGUGUUGGAUACUGUGAGUCCAGUGCCUUUCCCUCACGCUACUCUGUCCUGGUGGCAUCUAACUUCACUCACAACAUCACCUCAGCGUCAAGAUGUUGUACCAUCAGCAAGGAUGCAAAGAUCAAAGUUCGUCUGGACUGCCCUCGUGCUCGUCAUCACAACGACAUUGAGAUCCUGACGGCGCGGGCCUGUCACUGCGACAUGUGUCGCAAGUCACACUACUGAGAUGUCACUGUCGCCGCGGGAACAUGCACAAACUGUAUCAUGAGGACUGGGAUAAGAAGGAGUCCCAAGGAGAACAAUCUGUCAAUCAAAUGUACUGUAUAUGAGAGAGAGAGGUUUGUGCAUGCCUAGAAUGGAAUGGUGGAGCAGGGGAAAAAGACUUGAGAAACACUUUUUAUAACGUUGCUUUAUUUAAGAA